UCGCCGCUCGUCAUCAUCCAUCACAUUUCGCAGUAUCGCAUCGUCUGAUGGCUUCCGCAAGGAACGCGACGGCUGCGGUCAGCGAUGCCGCCGACUCGGCAGCAGCAGCUAGUUCUUCAUUUUUAGAUCGUCUCUCGACAUGGUACUCCGAGAACAAGGUCGUCGCGUGGACAAUUGCCGGCGCUUCGAUCGUCGCCAUCGGUGGAACCAUAUACGUUCUCUCACAGCCACCGCGGACACAGGAUGCUGAGAAAAAAACAAAGAAAGAUCGUCGGAAAGCAGCAAAGAAGGCACCAGAACCGGCCGAGGUGAAGCCCGAGCCAGAAGCCGCGCCCAAGCCUGCCUCAGUGGAAGUCGCCGAAGAGCUCCCCGUCGUCACCGAGGACUCCGUUGGUCAAUUGUCUGAGCAAGAACGAAAAGAUUAUGCCGCCAAGCUCAAGGCCGCUGGAAACAAAGCCUACGGCAGCAAAGAAUACAACCGUGCCAUCGAACUGUACAGCCAAGCCAUCAUGUGCAAAGCCGACCCCGUCUUCUACUCAAACCGUGCUGCUUGCUGGAAUGCGAUGAGCAACUGGGAGAAGGUCAUCGAGGAUACCACUGCCGCUAUCAACCUGGACAACGAAUACGUAAAAGCCCUGAACCGCCGCGCCAAUGCCUACGAGCAGGAAGGUCGCUACAGUGAAGCGCUUCUCGACUACACUGCCAGCUGCAUCAUUGAUCAAUUCCGCAAUGAGGGCUCCGCUCAGGCUGUCGAACGCCUCCUCAAGAAGGUUGCCGAGACUAAAGCAAAGGCAAUUCUCGAAAGCAAGGCCAAGAAGCUCCCGUCUCCCACGUUCAUCUCCAACUACCUGCAAUCAUUCCGCUCCAAGGAUCUUCCUGCCGACAUCGACGAGACCGCCGACCUCCCCGUAGACAGUGGCCGAUACAAUCUCCGCAAAGGACUCCUCGCCAUCCGACACCGCACCAGCGAAGGCUACCUCGAGGCCGCCGAAAGCUUCGACCGGGCAGUUGAGCAGGGUGAUUUGGAUAAACAUGAAGCUUUGGCAUACAACAUGCGCGGUACCUUCCGCUACCUCAAGGGCGAGGCGGAGGGCGCUUUGGAGGAUUUGAACAAGUCAAUCGAAUUGGACAAGACCAUGGUGCAGAGCUACGUCAAGCGUGCAAGCAUGCAUCUUGAAGGAGGUGCUCGCGAAAACGCCGCCAACGACUUCGAACUCGCCAACAGCCACAACCCUGAUGACCCUGACAUCUACUACCACCGUGCCCAACUUCACUUCAUCUUGUCCGAGUUCAGUCUCGCCGCUACCGAUUACCAGAAAUCAAUCGAUCUUGACACUUCUUUCAUCUUCUCACAUAUCCAGCUUGGUGUGACCCAAUACAAGAUGGGUUCGAUCGCGAGCAGCAUGGCAACUUUCCGCCGCUGCAUCAAGAACUUUGGCGACAAGAGCGAUGUCUACAACUACUACGGCGAGCUGUUGCUCGACCAGCAAAAGUACCAGGAGGCCGUCGAGAAGUUCGAGACUGCCGUGGAGAUGGAGCGCAAGGGUGUUGGUGAGCGUGGUGGUGGAAUGAACGUCUUGCCAUUGAUCAACAAGGCCCUGGCUCUCUUCCAAUGGAAGCAAGACUUCAGUGCCGCCGAGGAACUCUGCCAAAAGGCUCUCAUCAUCGACCCUGAGUGCGACAUUGCAGUGGCCACGAUGGCUCAGCUUUUGCUUCAACAAGGCAAGGUUACCGAAGCCCUCACUUACUUCGAGCGUGCCGCUGAGCUGUCCCGGACUGAGGGCGAAAUCAUCAACGCCCUUUCAUACGCCGAGGCCACGAGGACGCAACUCGAAGUGCAAGAGAAGUACCCCCAACUGCAGGCCAAGCUACAAGCAGGUAUGGGCGCCAUGGGAGGUGCGCCGAUGAGAUGAUGUGGGUGAUGACAUAUCUGUCUGCCACCGGAGUUCUAAUACACGACAUGGUUUAAGUUCCUUUCGCGGACGUUCGCUGUCCUGUAUUUCAAUAAUUAGUGUUGGGUUUGAGGACGUUCACUGGCAGACUUUUCCUGCUAUCAUCAAUCUGUAUUGUACGUAUUCCUGGUG